UACAUUUAGGACCUUUUUGAUAAUUUUGUCUCACAAUUUUUUCCAAACCAAAGUUAAAAAAUCUUCAGCCUUCACCGCCAUGUCAUAAAAAUGAGACUUUUACAGCUCCGGUGGAAGAACCCGGCGACUAUAUCAUCAAACACUCCGCUUUCAUUUGGCCCAUUCAAUUCCACAACCCAAACCCGUUGGAAAAAACCCGCUAACACAGCCCAAACCCGCUUAGAAACCCGUACCCGUGACCCGAAUCUCGACAAACUCACAGCCCAAUACCGGAAACUCAAACUCGUCCUCAACCUCUACGACGUCGUAUCUUCAAGAAAACGCGGUCCUUUUGUUUCAGUUCAGUCACUCUCCAAAUGGGUCCCACAUGCCGGAAUUAACACCAUUACAACCGGUGGUCUUUUACGGAAAUACCCUCAUAUCUUCGAGGUAUUUACUCACCCUGUUAGGAGAAAUUUGUGCUGUAAGUUUAGGGAUAAAUUUGUCAUUUUGCUGAAACAAGAACAUGAUGUUGUGUCACAAAAUGAAGAUGAGAAUGUGAUGAGGAUAAGGAAGAUUUUAAUGAUGUCUGUUAAUGGGAGAUUACAUUUGCAUGCUCUUAGAUUGAUGAGGACUGAAUUGGGUUUGCCUGAAGACUUCAGGGACCAGAUAAUAAUGAAGUAUCAUGAAGUUUUUAGGAUGGUAGAUUUAGAGAUUGUUGAGUUAAUUGAUAGAAAUGACACUGAUGAGAGUUUUGGUGUUGCAAAGGUUGAAUCUUGGAGGAAAAAAGAAUAUACUGAUAAAUGGUUGAGUGAAUUUGAGGUUAAAUAUGCAUUUCCUAUUCAUCUCCCUACAGGGUUUGUGAAAGAACCUGGUUUUAAGGAGAAAUUAAAGAAUUGGCAAAGGCUUCCUUAUGUUAAGCCUUACGAAAGGGAAUCGGAAGUUGUUCGAAAGCGUACUUUUGGAGGGAUUGAGCGGUAUGAAAAGCGAGCUGUGGCGAUUAUUCAUGAGCUUUUGAGCUUGACUGUUGAGAACUUAGUGCCAGUUGAAAGGAUGGCUCAUUUUAAGAAGGAUCUCGGGAUUGAAGUUAAUAUUCGUGAGCUGUUGUUGAAGCAUCCUGGGAUAUUUUAUAUCUCUACUAAAGGGAUUACUGAGAUUGUUUUUCUGAGAGAAGCAUAUAGUAAAGGGUGUUUGAUUGAGCCGAACCCGAUUUAUGAUUUGAGAAGAAAACUGUUGGAGCUUCUCUUGUUGGGAAACCGUCAUACAAGAGAGUUGAGAACGGAAAAGGAAGUGAAGGAUGAAAGUGAAGACAUGACAGACGAUGAAAAUGGAUGGGAAAGCAGAGAGGGUGACUUUGUUAUUCCAAUUUUAGAGAGUUUUACUGAUGAUAACAACGACAGUUAAUGGUUACUUCUCUAAGGCAGAGUUGAUUGGCUUUCUGAGAUGGAAAUCAGUAAAGAGAGUCUAAGUACUGUAAGCUGGAAUUUUCUGUAAACUGACAAUUAAUGAAAGGGCAUUUGGUAUUAGUUUUAGCAAAUGAGAAAGCGGUCAUAUUUGGGCUUCUUUACUGUGAACCUUUGUUAUUUCAGUUGGUGCCUGUGCUGAAAGAUUUUGGAUUCUUCGCGUGUUUCAAUUAUGAUAGUUCCAACUAGAAUGUUUAACUUCUGAAGGCAGAGUUGAUUGGUCUCUAAGGCAGAGUUGAUUGGCUUUCUGAGAUGGAAAUCAGUGAAGAGAAUCUAGAAACUGCAGGUCUUCUCAAUUAUAUUUGGAAAUAAAAACUCCAGUGCAGGAGUGUUUAGGAGACUGAUUGGGAUGGUGGUUUUUAUCCACUUACAAUUCACUUCAGUGAAGAUUAUCCGAGUAAACCGCCAAAGUGUAAAUUCCCACCAGGCUUUUUCCAUCCAAUUGUCUAUCCGUCUGGAACAGUCUGCUUGUCGAUCCUCAAUGAAGAUAGUGGAUGGAGACCAGCCAUCAUUGUGAAACAGAUACUGGUUGGUAUCCAGGACUUGUUCUACUAAUAUAGAAGGGCCAAGAGCCAUACAUGGGACGACCAAGGGCAGAACCGUCAUUUCGCUCGCUGGUAAAAGUGAUUUUGCUCAGCACACGUGGCUUUUCUCACCACAAUUCUGGAAGAAAAAAAACACCAACAGUCGAUUAAUGUGAAACAAGAUUGUUUGAAAGCUCAAAAUGUUGGGAAAGUUCCAUUCUUGGAAGAAAAAAAAAUCCGGUUGCUUUCUCUCGCUGGUUUUCUUAUUAGAAAGAAAGUGUAAAGGAACUUUCUCGCAAGCAAAACUCAAUUCGUGGCAGUCGGCAUUGACAAACCCCUAUACCAGCGGCUUCAUGGCUUUUCUCUGCUAUUUGAGGACCUUUCUAAAGGUUAAAAAGCAAUCUCACUCUCAAAUUCCUAUGAUAAAAGUGGUAGUCUUUUCUUAAAUUUCAGUUUUUUUUCUUGCUUUAUGGUUUAUAAAUUUUUUUAGCAAUAUAUGAUGGGAAUCGUUCUGGUUAUCUGCCUUUUGAAGAGUCACACCCAUGGCAUUAGAUAAGAAGGUGUCCUCAUUUAUUGCUGGUCAUUCCAAAAUGCAAUCUGUAUUAUAUAGGAGUAUUUCCCUUGACAGAGAAUGUUGAGAUAAGUGAAUAUUAUUGGCAAAAAGUCUAAGAAUGAGGAAUUGAUUUGAUUGCAGAUACAUUAAGCUGAAUUUACAUGUCCACUGUGGUUUUCCUCUAAUGCAAAGAAACUGAUCAAAAGAAUCUUGAACUCCAAUCCACAGACUGUAGGUAUAUCUCCCUCUCCAAGACAAAGGAGGAAAUAAAGCAGAAAAGCUACCUGAUGUAAUUUUGUUUACAGACAAUAGAUGUGUUGAGUGGUUCUUUAUCUGCACUUGCCUUUACCUUCUCAUGCAUUACCAAAAUUUACUGGGAAAUUCAUGGAAUUUAUCAUUUGAUGACAUCGCAUAUCUGCAUUAGACAGCUGUAGUUUUCUCACUCUCUGUCGUGAAGCUGUACUUAAUAGACGACCAUUUGACAUAAUCUUAUUAGGCGUGUAUAACAUUUCUGCUAACGUUGUAUCUGUAUGCAAGUAGUUAAGGAAAAUAAUCAAAAUUAAAAUUUAAUAGUUGAAUAAAUUUGAAUUUUUGAAAGUUAUGAAGCUUGUAUAUAAUUAUAGUUGUUCCUGCAAUAGUGUCAAACAUUUAUGGAUUUUCCCAUAUGGGAAGAGUUUCAUACAACUUGGGAUAGAGAGACUAGAGAGUAGUUCCUCUUCUUGAAUUAGUGUUACUGCUGAUUCUGCUUUAGUUAGUUGUAUUUGUGUUCGUUUGAUAUAACUUAAGCAUUUGAUAAUGAUUAUAUUCUUCUGAUUGACCAAGCUUUUUUGACAAGCUACUUGCAAAAGGAAGCAACUUAUACAAUGAACCGAGGAUAAUUGUUCAAUGAGCACUCUAUUUAUCAUUCGUUGUGUCAUUAGAUAGCUUGUAAUAGACUAACAUUCAUCAAUUUAGCUAGCCAUUAUUCUGAAACAGAAGAGUUCAUGCUUCAUAUCAAAGGUGGAAUUACUUCUGGAUAGUGGCUGUUCUGAAAUUGUGCUCAGCUGAUUAAUUGACUAUCACUUAUUAAAAAAGAUUGAGUAUGAUCAAAGCUACAUGAUAAUCACAAAGUGAUUAGAAAUAUGCACAAUUCUAUGUGCAAUUUCCUUUCAACAGAUUAUAUACGCUUAAGGUGUUUAUGGAAGAAGAUUUUGACGAUGCAGCAUGGAGGUAAGAGAUUGAAACUGUUAAAAGAACUAUUGAAUUAUAGUAACAGACUACUGCAAGGGGAUUGGUUAUUUAGCAUUAUUGGGUAAUCUGACUCUGUAGAUGGCUGAAAAAAUGUAUAAUGCACAUCUGUUUUGUCUUAAAAUCAAAAAAUAAGUGUCGGUAUGCACAGAUGUAAUUUACUGAUAUAACUUCACCUUAUCCUGUUAUGCGGAAAAUGGAUGGUUGAAGGUGCGACUUAUUUGUAUUUUCAUUGGAAUUGACAUUGUGAAGUUUGUUGAUGUCGUAUUAAUGUUCUAUGGAAUUCACUUCGGUCUUUGAACGUGAAAGCCUAACUUAGGGGAAUUUCCAUUCAAUUUGAAAAGGAGAAGGAAAGUAAGGCCUGCCAUGUUGCACUUGAGCAUGGGAAGACGGAAGUGAUUGUUUCAAGGUCUGUUGUUCUAAAAGUAACACAUCUUGUGGAAUACAAUCACAUCCUAUUCAUUAUUUUCUCCAAUAGAGUUUGAAUUCUGACUGAGAUUGUAGCAAUGACUCUUUUCUGAGUGAAGUAUUGUUAGCUACUAAAUGCAGUAUUGAUUCUUGAUAAUGUAGCAUAGUAUAAACUAUGAAUACUUUAAGGAUAGCAACUGUAUGUGCUUUACAAGGAGAUUUUCUAUAUUGCCUUCUCAAUUUCUAUACGAUAAGAUUUGAUUGGCUCCUUAUUUUAUGUUUGAUAAACUUUGAAUGUGGAGUGAGAAAAGCUCCUAUAGAGUUACUAUAAUUUACUCAGAAGCGGAUUAUCAUAUUCUUUGAGAAUGAUAUUCCACCAGCAAAAAGGUAAAGAAUCUGCACUUUCCUGUAACGAAAUCUCCAGCUUAGUUUUAGUAUGUGUUGAAGAAGAUUCUUGUUAAAUUAUUCAGAAAGAGUAUAGUGCUUUGAAUGUGGAGUUAUAACAUAAUUAAGUCUGUAGUUGCUUUUUUUCUUUUCUUUUUUGAUAAUGACUUCAAGAUUUACUUGUAAUUCCUUUUUAUGAAGGUAGUUUCUCAAGAAAUUUUAAUAUACUAAUUGUUUUUUGACCUGUUGCUUAUUCAUGCAGGUCAGCUAACGAAUUCGAUUUUUCUGAGAUCGAGUUUGGUUAGUUUUUAAAUCAGGUUAUAUUAUAUGUUAUUUUGCACUCAUUACUUUGGAUUAAGCUUGGAAAGAAGUGAAACCAUAUUUUGGAGCCUUUGUGGAGAGGAUUUGACUUCCUGCACCGUCUCAACCACCUCCAACUAGAGCUUCUAAUCCUUUUACUGGCUUAUAUUUGCUGAUGUGCAAAUUCUUCUGGAACUGUUUUCUGCAAUAUUAAAAGUCCAAAGAAAUAACUUUCAUGUUCUUACUAAGUUCUUCUCUUCAUAAUAUGAGUUACUUGGUAAAUAAUGUGCUAAAUGCAAAAUCUAGGAGCUGCAAUCCAAUGCUUGAUAGAAUACUUGGAAAAAAAUAAUAGUAAUUCUGUCAACAGCAUAUGUCCCACAUCCUUAUGUUCUGCUCGAAUAGUAAAAUUAUUACAUUGUUGAUAACCAAUACCAAAUAACAGAUGUAUUCAAUUCUUUAAUAUUUUUGCUGGUGCAUUUUCUUAUUAUUUUUCCUGAUGCUUCUAUGUUUUUCUUUCACAAACCAUUAAGUUAAUAUAUGUACUAACAGCUAGACCUUUCUUCAUACAAGUUUGAGUUUAAACUUUGAAAAAUUGUCCUAUUCUCUAUUUAUACAUGUACUCAUCAUCUCUCAGAUGAUAUACCAUUUAUUUAUGGUAAAAAAAAAAAAUUAUAGAAGCACAUAAUUAUAUGGAUAUCUUUUUCAUCUUUCAUGGCACAUGCAUAUAAUGCUUCAUUGGUUCUUUUAUGACUGCUUAUUUUUCUUUUCUUUCAGGGAAUAUACACAUUACAUGCUUAAUUGUAAAUAGUAUGAUUGUGAGAAGUUAAUCCAAUGUAGAGUCUAAUGAAGCUACUUUCUUCACUAUUAUAUUUUGUUGCAUCUUGGGGGGACCUCUCUCAACUAUCCCAUCAAAAGAUUGUUGCUGCUGAUAUCUCUUUCGGAGAAAUAGAGACAACAAAUCAAAAUGGAAAUGAUGUAGCAGAAGAACAGUGAUCUCAGAUGGAGGCUAAUAGGUUGAAGGCAUUGACAGAAAGCUGCUGCUCGAACAGCUCUUAUCAAGUAUGCUUGAUGGUUACUCAUAGAGCCCAAUAAAAAUUCUCUCUGAUGAUUGAGGCGACUAAAACACUCAAUAUUAAGGCUCCUGACUUGAGUGUAUGCCGAAGUCCUCUAACCAAUGGAUAUACCCUGGCCGUUAGUAGCUGUUCAUACAAGAAUCUUUUGAUACGCAUUAUUAAAGAGAGGGAAUGUAUCAAACUGAGACCUCCGUUAUCUCUUGAUAUUGCAAAAAAAAAAGAGGUAAUCUAUCAAAUGAACUACUGCAAAAGAAUCUGAGGACCUUUUUUGGUUCUAUAUGUUAGCAGAGGAACGAAGAGAUAUCACAAUAGAAAUGGAGAAUCCAGCCAUUUCUACAGGAAACAGCUUAGCCACGUUAAGCGUGCGGGACAAAUUUUACUAUGCUUGACUGCACAUGUAGAUGACAUGUUAAGUUUUGACAAAAACUGGCCUGUCUCAUGUUACAUUGUUGGACAUUAGUUUGAAGAUGUAACUUCUGUUUUGGAGAAAUGUGCAUGAAGAAGUAAUUGACACGUCUCUUCCAAAUAAUUCACAUGAAUCUUCUUUGUAUGAUUUAUUUUGUAUUCUCGUUACAUUUAUGUUUCAGUGUAACAAAAUGCACUUGUAUU